GUGCUGACUGGGGAACUCAGUCGUGCUCAUUCUCAUCAUUGACGGCCUGAUCGUGCCAACCGCGCCGGGCUCUCUCAUCGAGCCAGCCAAGACCUACCUGUUCCCCGCCAACUGGCUGACCCUGCCGCUGUCGUUCGGCCUGCUCAUGUCUCCAUGGGGCGGCCACAGCGUCUUUCCGAACAUCUACCGCGACAUGCGCCACCCCUACAAAUACACCAAGGCGCUGAAGAUCACUUUUUCCUUUACCGUACGUUAAGCCCCCCUCCUUAGUGUCGCCACUACCCAAACUAAGCCACCUAACUAACCUAACUAACCUUUCGCUGGCACAAUACAGUACCUCCUCGACGCCACGACCGCCGUCGCAGGCCUGCUCAUGUUCGGCGACGCCGUGCGCGACGAGGUGACGGCCAACGUGCUGCGCGAGAGCCGCUACCCGCGCGCCCUGGCCGCCCUCAUGUGCGCCUGCGUCGCCGUCAUCCCGCUCACCAAGAUCCCGCUCAACGCCCGCCCCAUCGUCGCCACCGUCGAGGUGCUCCUGCUCGGCUCGCCGGCGGCGGCUGUUGGGCAUGGGCAUGGGCAUGGGCAUGGACAUGGGCAUGGGUAUGGGCAUGGUGGUGGUGGUGGUGAUGGUGGGAAACGGGGGCGGGUGCUGCGCGCGGCGAGGGCUGCUGUGCGGGUUGGUGUGAUCGGUGUGUUCCUGGUCAUGGCCUGCCUGUUCCCGGCGUUUGAUCGCAUCAUGGCCUUCAUGGGCAGCGCGCUCUGCUUUACUAUCUGUGUGACGUGAGUUUGCCAGUUAUCCAUCCACUAACCCCCCUUUUGUUUUCCCUUCCUUCCUCUUUUCUCCUUGGGUGGUGAGACCACACAUAGAGUCAGAGGCGGGCAGCCGUGCUAAUGCGGGAUAACAGGCUCCCU